AUGGCUAUUUCAAUAUCCUCUGCCCAAUUAUUCGCUUCAAUUCAGCCAUUGCUCCCUUCUUCUUCUCGCUCUGUUUUCCUCAGAAAAAGUUUAUCUUGUUCAUCCUCAAAAUACAUGGAACAGCAGAAUGAAAACAAGUCGAAAUUGAAGGAAUUUCCUUACGUGUCGGUCCCACAUAGGGAGUUGAUGGUUGAACUUAUAUCGACUGUGGAGAAUCGGCUUGGAACAGCUCUUCUGCCUUGUACUCUGCCUACUAACGUGCAGUACUUUGAGAAUUCGACUGCUACUGCUCAUGCUUCUCUCUAUGUCAGAUCUGGCCACUCCUCUUCCCAG